AUGCCUACCGAGUUUAUCAGCGUAACUUUUCCCAACGCCUCGACAGAGAUCAACCCGAUCCCUGGCGCGGGCGUUGAUCCCGAGUUCCUGGUCCGCUAUGCCAGGUCACUGGACGACUACGGCUUCAACUACACCCUCGUUCCCUACGGCUCUGACUCAUUCGACCCCUUCACUAUUGGCGCGACUAUUGCUGCCGUCACAAAAAAUGUCAGCGUUAUCAUCGCCCUAAGACCAAACACCCUCUACCCCACUGUCGCCGCCAAGGCUCUAGCAACUCUCGACCAACUCAGCAAGGGUCGCGUCGUAGUGCACUUCAUCGCUGGAGGCAGUGAUGCGGAGCAAGCCAAGGAGGGCGACUUCCUCUCUAAGGACGAGCGCUACGGCCGUCUCGAGGACUACAUCAAGAUUCUCCGUCGCGCGUGGGAGUCUGAUAAGCCCUUUGACUGGGAGAGCAAGUACUACACAUUCAAGAACUUCACCAACAAGGUCCGUCCUACCAACGGCACUAUCCCAGUCUCCGUCGGUGGCUCUUCAGAUGAGGCGUACCGCAUUGGCGGGUCCUUGGCAGACAUCUUUGGUCUUUGGGGCGAGCCUCUCAAGGAGACAAAGGAGCAGAUCGAUCGCAUCUACGGGGAAGCGGAGAAGGCUGGCCGCAAGGACCGUCCCCGUAUCUGGGUCACCUUCCGUCCUAUCGUUGCUGAGACGGACGAUCUCGCCUGGGACAAGGCUCACCGCACGCUGGAUGCUCUGAAGGGCAAUAUUGCUGCGGGACAGGGCAAGAACGGCCAAGACGCCAGUGCUGGUCAGCCCCAAAAUGUUGGUUCACAGCGUCUGCUUGAUAUUGCCAAGCGUGGGGAGGUUCAAGAUCGUGCUCUGUGGUACCCUACGGUCACGGCUACCAACGCACGUGGCGCUUCGACGGCACUUGUCGGCUCACACAAGACUGUGGUCGACUCUAUCCUCGACUAUGUCGACCUCGGUGCUGAGUUGAUCUCCAUUCGUGGCUACGACAACCUCAACGAUGCCAUUGACUAUGGUCGCUACAUCUUGCCGAGCGUUCGCUCUCAACUGGGUGGCCGUGAGAAUGGCGCCAAUGGAAAGCAAUGA